UGUCCAAAACAAAAGGAGCCCAAAAAGAAAUUGCCCUGGCCGCGUCGCCCCCGGCAAUCGACACCCGAAACAGAAGAGCCACGACUUGAAGCAAAGCUACCGCCAUGGCUUCAAAGUUGCUUCCAUUGAGAAGGCUAUUGAGGCUAUCAAAGCUUCCUCCUCCAUCAUCGGCGAACAACUACUGUUCAUGUUCCUAUCUUCUGAAUUUCUUAAUUACUCGUCAUAUCUCUGACAACCCUCACAGACCAUUUUAUUCCUUCUCUUCUAAAGGCUUCUGCUCUCGACCUUUGGAUCACGAUGGAGGUUCUCAAGGUCCUGCCGCCAUUGACUAUCGUUCUCUGCUGCAGGAGGAUGAGUUUCACAGACUAGCUGAUUCCACAAUACAUGAUCUUCAAGAAAAACUCGAGGAAUAUGGAGAUAGUGUUCAAGUUGAGGGCUUUGACAUAGACUAUGGGAAUGAUGUGUUAACCCUGAAGCUUGGCGAUUUGGGAACGUAUGUGUUGAACAAACAAACUCCUAAUAGACAAAUUUGGAUGUCUUCACCAGUAAGUGGUCCUUCCAGAUUCGACUGGGAUCACGAUGCUCAUGCUUGGGUUUAUAGGCGGAACAAAGCAAAUUUAGCGGAUGUUUUGGAGCGUGAGUUGGAGCAACUGUGUGGUGAACCAAUAAACCUUUCUUAACCAGUUAGCAGCUGUGGUAUUACAACAGCUUCUUCCUGGAAAUUUAUUUUGUUUCCCUUUCCCGUCCUUGAACAUUGUGUACCAAUAAAUAAACCUUUCUUGAGCAUUUAAAAGUAGUGGUCUACACAAGUUAUCUUGAAAAUUUAUUUAUUCCAAAUUUUUCUUUGCUUCAAAACACUGGUGCCUGGUGGUGAGCCUAGUAGACAGGACAGGAGUCUUAAGAGCAUGAAUGCAGCUGGUGUUCGUUUC